AUGCGUGGUGUUAGCCUUCUCAUUGAUGAGACCGCACAGGAAGAAGCUGCAGUCUUCCUUCCACAGUCAAACUGUGUGGGAGGACUUUGCUGGACCCAUGCAAAUCUCGUGGACGUCUCGCUCAAUAACUAUCAAUCUGCACUUAAUAUAGCUGCUGCCCUGAAAUCAGGGAAGGUGCACUUGGGCAAGGAAAUCACUGUUGUCGGUGCCCAUAUAUUUGGAGAGGAAGGUCUUUAUCCUAUACUUGCUGCACCAACAUGUAAAUCAGAAGGCGCACCGGAAAUGGAGUUCAUCCUCAAUACAAUAAUUGAAGCAUGGUCUAGCAGCGACGCAGCAAACAGAGUUGGGCCAGUAUGGUCAGUCGCUACCGAUGGCGAUGCAACACGGCGCAAGGCUGGUCACAAGACCUUCGUUUGGACACCUCUCACUGUUACAUCCCCACUAUAUGGCAUUCUCUCGAACCUUCCCGGACUCAACUUGCUCACAGGCGACCAAGCUUUUAUGCUUGAUUUUUAUUACAAGCAUAUCUACAAAUGGAUCUCUACCUUGAUGUGUUCACGCAGCGGCAUGUUCCUUAAUAACGGGCGGUGCAUCAACAUGUCUAUGCUGCAACACUAUCUAGUGUGGAUUGAUGGUAUUGAUGAAGCACGAGCCCAGAAGCUGCUUUACCCAGAUGAUCCACAAGACGUUCCACGUGCAGUGGAGCUGAUGUCCGCUGUUAUCAAGCUCGCUGCUGUUGAUCCGACAAAACCUCCAUUUACUCCUCUGGGUGCCCAAGCAAGUGUGGAUUUAAUUGCCGAUUUUGAUGCGAUCAGGCUUCUCGGGACAUUAAUCCACCAUAUUCUCAAUCUGUUCAUCAAUGCCUCUCUUUCACUAUCGGAGCAAGUCGUCCACCUCAGCUGUUUUUCUCACCUGCUCUAUGCUUGUUAUCGAAGCCAACGACGUGCCCUAAUGCCCAACCAACUAUACUAUGAUAUGCAAACCCUCACCAAGAAUGCCAUCUUUUGUAUUGCGAAGCAGCAGAAGCUUGACGCUUCUGCAUCAUUCUCGCUGCUUGAUUUAGGGGACGAUGUGCUAGAACUUCAAUUUGCGUUUCUUCGCAUGUGCGGAGGGCACAACAGUGUGGUGACAUAUCGCCAGGCUCUUGAUCAUCUGGGUGCAGCACGCGACAUAGGAGGAGUUUACGCUCGGAAUCCUGACCUCACCCAUGGCCAUUGGUGUCUCAAUCUCAAAUGUGCAGAUGGUGUAGACCACAUUAGCAGUUCGAUGUGGGUCGGCGACAUGGUCACUGGACAUUGUGAUCUCCCACAUUCCUGGUGUGAAGGCAGAGAUAAAGCCAUCGACAUCCUCAAGCACUCACAGAUCUCUUGCUCGUGCUAUGAAUUCAAUACCCUCUUUGCUCAUAAUUCCGGAAUGGACUUGUUGUGUGUCUUCGGGGAGGGAAAGUACCCGAGUGUUGAUGACAAUGACGAAGAAGAUCGCUCCCUUCUGAUGCAGGUUCCUCAAGACGUUCACCAUGACAUCCUCACAACAGAUUCUGUGCAGCAGUCUAAUGCUGCUGCAGAGGACCAGGGCAAUGACGAGGAGGAUACAGUUACCUUUGAAGAACUCGUUGACCAAGAACUUGACCCUACUCAUGUUGACAACCCUGCACUUGACGAUGACGAGCCUGAGUACAAUUCAAAUGUUGAACCUUCAGCUUCUGCACCUCCCAAAGGCCCUGGAAUUCAUCCUCAGGACUACGUGUGGUGCAAGAAAAAAUGGGUCCAUAAGCAAAGCAUCUGCCGACUCAUCAUCACACCCAAUUUUACACCUAAGUCGCAAGUGCAGUUGCUUCGCGUUCGAGGUUUCACGUCCGUUAACAAGAAGGUCAACGAUGCUGAAGUUGGCAAUGUUCUAUGCGGCAGUUAUUUCAUUACGGGCGACCUCUUCAUUACACUUAUGCGCACCCCCAACAAAAUCAUGACCCUCGCCCUGGUUCGUGCUACUGUGAUAUCUGAAAAUGGUGUUCCUCGUGCACGUAUCAACUCGGCCACAUUGACAUCACCUCGCAGUAAUGUAAAGGUCACUGGCGAGGUUCUCAUCAUUCUGCCCUCAACUUCCAAUCAUCCAAUGACAGAUUCCUCAUUGCAGUGGAUCUGGAAUGGUUCGUAUCUCAAGCAUGUGUCUCCUGUGCCUGGGACAGACCGGACGACUCUCAAAGUUUUCACCGUGUCUAUUGCAGGCCACUUGUUAAAGACCAUAAAUCCUACCAUCAUUGACGCUUUCGAACACCUCACCCAUGAUCAAGCUGCAGAAGUAAACUCCAAGGGUACAACAUGGGCAUUGAGUGAAGAUGCACUACACCUCGCCAUCUUGCUCCUUUGGAAAGAGAUUAUGGAUUCGAACACUCCCGUGAAUGUGCUUCCUGUGCUCAGCUUUGAAAGCGCGCAUUUUCCAUAUUGUGCUCACAAUGGCUCGGUGGCAUUGGUGUGUAAUGCUGGGACCGAGUUGUUGAUGGCAUCAGGACGAGGAUCUUCGCUCGCAUAUGGGCAUUCACAUUCUCCGCACGUCUCGAAUAUCCCAGAGGUCCUCAUUAACCAGCUCGGUGGAAAGCUCCCUUGUGGGUUUUGUGGGCAAUCAGACAACCCCGACUGUGCGGUGACCAUCAAAAAGACCGCUCGCAAGACAGAAGUGGAGUGUAAAUGUCCUCACAAGGAAUCUUAUCAGUAUGGCAGUGCGAACAAGGGUUCAGACAAUCGACCUUGUCGCAACGUGCCAAUCGUGUGCAAACUUUGUGUUCACAAGAAUCGGGACACUGACUGGCGGUACAACUUUGAAGCUCAUAUUGAUCAAGAGCAUCUGAAUAUGCCCACCCAGCCCGGCCCCAUGGUCGUCAUCUCCCAAGAAAGGAAAGCCGGUGUUCCUCUUCGGCCACCAUUCCUGCUCGUUGUUGAGAAGGAGAAUGCUCCCCUUGCAUCAGGGUCGAGUCGUAUUCAGAAGCGGAAGUCCGAUGGCCAGACAUUUGCUUCUGCUGCAUCUUUGGUGAAGAGAGUUCGACUCGGACAUUGA